AUGGAUCUAUCUCUUCACCUUCCAAAUCCGGAUUCUAACAAAAUGUCGAGUGUUGAUGUUUUGGCCAACAUCCAACAAAACUUCAAUCACUUGAAGGCUGAUGAAAACGAGCAACCUAUCAUCCAAUUUUCUGCUUGGUCUAUGGCAGGUUCACCACCAUUCUUGAACAAUCACCUCAAUGACGCUGGGCCAAUUAUUCCAUUGGCUAACGGAAUCGGAAAUUUAAACAGAAACCUCAAUCAUGAGAUUCCUUCUGGAGCUUCUGGAUUAGCUGGAGCUGGCCAACCUUUUGAGCUUGAUUUAAUUUCCUUCUCCCAGGUGACAAUCAAUAAUAUCGAGAGCUUUGAGAACAAGGGACCACUUCAGAUAAUUGAGGAUCCUGGCUUGGAGGAUCCUAUUGAUUUGGUGGAGGAAUUGAAGCGACUUAAAACUUUGUUUCGGAAGCCUUAUUGGAAGAAAUCUGAUUGUUCUACAGAAUCAACCAAGCCAAAAAAGUAA